AUGUCUACGACUCGGGUAGCCAUGGUGCUCUACACGAUCGGUUGCCACUGGCAGUCUAUUCCGCUGUCUUGGUACUCCAUGCACUGCUCCAAUACCCGCCUCAAAAUUAUGAACACUGAGACAUUUAUUGGGACUCUACCGGGACCGUUUUCUGCGGGUAUUGUCUCGCAGCCUCAUCCUGGUCCACCGUUGCGACCUGGCUCUAGAUCGAAUACACCUGUAGUCAGUGCUCCUCCGCUUCAGCCCAUCCCGCACUUUCCGCCUAUCGCUGGUCGAGGUACACCUCUUGCUCCGCCAAUUCAAGCGUUCCAGCUUCGACCACCCUCCUCGCAGUCGUCCGAUGUGCGACGUGCCCAAAGUGCACAGUUGCUGCCACUAGAUGCUUCACAUCGUGGUCAGGCUCUCACUGCGCGUGCGCAGUUUGCACCAGGUGAAGUGGUCGACAUCAUGAUACUGCCAUGCUCGGGCACGAAGCUUCAAUUCGUCCAAGCGAGCUCGCAGACACUGAUCAACCCCGCCUCAUCUCUGACGUCAAUCAAGCGCAUGUAUGCCAAACUGCAGGGCGCCUUUGCCCCUGAUCGGGUUGUCAUUCCUGUUGCCCUUUUUACCCUUGCUGAAUCGCGCCAAUUCACGGACUCCUACUCUCAUAGCUCCAGCCCAGUCCCUACAGAGCAGUCCGCAGUCCAUGGCUAUUGA